AUGGAUGCUGCAGAGAUAGACCAGGACAUCAAGCUGCAGAGAGUCUCUGGCGAGCUCAUCACUGCCUUUGACCAGAGUCUGGGAUUAUUUCUGCGAAAGCCUGAUCGGAUAGGCGGCUCCCACGUCCGCUCGCGUGUGCGGUCGAGGGAAGCAUACCAUCUGAUAUUUCAUCUGCUUGAACCUUUCCAAGAGCUACCGCAGCUCCUCGACCCGCAUCUGCCAAAAUGGCUACCCAUGCUUGCCGAGGCGUUCCUGGAGCACCUUCAGAUGAGGCGGAGGCGAACCAGGGAGGCUUCUGCUGCGUCCUCGCUGCUCAUGCCUCUGCCAACGGCGAUUUGCAAGCUGAUCUACACCUUUUGCAAGAUUCGCGGCGAAAAGGUCAUCGUGCGCUUCCUGAACGUCGAGACAAAAUACCUCGAGCUCCUGCUUUCUGCGCUCGAGGACGCCGAGCGACAGCCUCAAGGCGGCCCGGACGACACUUUAGUAGCCCAUUGGGCCUGGGAGGAGCGCUACAUAGUGCUUCUAUGGCUCUCUCACCUCAUGCUUGCGCCUUUCGACUUGUCGACCAUCUCCUCCGUCUACAUGGAGGAUGUUGAUCUGGCUGGCAUCCCUGGGUUCUUUUGGCCAUCCAAUACCCCAGGCAUCACAGUCAGGGUCCUGCCCUUGGCGGUCAAGUACCUGGCCUGUCCAGGAAAGGAGCGGGAGGCGGCCAAAGCCCUUCUAGUGAGGAUGGCGAUGCGCAAGGACAUGCAGCAGCUCGGUGUUCUGCAUGCCCUCGUCCAGUGGGCCCUGUUUUGGCUGCGGCCGAGGGCUGAUGAGCCGACCCAGUCGCCAUAUAAAUACAUCGGAGUGCUUUCCUUUCUAGCUGGGAUCUUGGCAUCAUCGGCUGAGACGUCGGAUAUGGAGAGAUACUCGUCCACGAUCUUCUACACCGUGAACGCCAUUCCUGUCAACGACGAUGAGAUGUCGAGGAUUGUUCAGUCUUCUGCCCUGGCGAAAAAGACCAUCGUCAAAGUCACACGGUCGAUCGUUGUGUCCAAGUUGAAGCGAGACAGACAAGACAGUGCUGGUGUCGAGCUGCUUGAGACGGCAAUUGGGUACCUUCUGGAGAGCCUCGCCGACAACGACACGCCGGUCAGAUUCUCAGCGAGCAAAGCCUUGAGCAUCGUGACUCUGAAUCUACCUAGCUAUAUGGCCUCAGAAGUCGUGGACACUGUGCUGGAGUCUCUGAGCAGAAAUGUUCUCUUGGUGAAUGAUGCUGCGGAGCCUUCUCUGCCGCCAAGGAGAGAUCUCACGUCGGUCGAUCCUCUCGAGUGGCAUGGGCUGAUGCUGACUCUGUCGCACCUCUUGUACCGGCGUUCACCACCGGCAGUGAAGUUGGGCAGCAUCAUCCGAGCAUUACUACUCGGGUUGUCGUUUGAACGACGUGGCCCCUCUGGAGGCUCGGUCGGUACCAACGUUCGUGAUGCAGCUUGUUUUGGCAUCUGGGCCCUCGCAAGGCGGUACUCGACCCAGGAUCUUCUUGCAGUCCCCUCUGAAACGGUACGCACCGGACUUCCUGGAGACGUCAACACGUCUGUCUUGCAAAUCAUUGCCACGAACCUGGUCGUCGCCGCAUCAUUAGAUCCUGCAGGUAACAUUCGGCGUGGAUCUUCCGCUGCCCUGCAAGAGCUCAUCGGCAGGCAUCCAGACACCGUGGAAAAUGGCAUUGCACUGGUGCAGGCUGUGGACUAUCACGCAGUUGCCCGGAGAUCAAGAGCAAUCCACGAUGUGGCCGUUCGUGCCACAAAACUUCACGUGCAAUAUGGCGAGGCUAUACUGGAUGCGCUCCUGGGCUGGAGAGGAGCCAGAGAUGCAGAUGCUGCUGCUCGCAGGGUCGCCGGGCGUGCGUACGGAACUGUCAUGACUGAGAUGACGAGCCUGACCCCGUCGAGCCGCCUUGACGAGGUGAUCCUGACAUCAAUUAACCGGGUCCUGCGGCCUAUGAAGGCACUGCAGACCCGUCAGGUGGAGGAGAGACAUGGGCUGCUCGUGAGUCUUGCCGCGAUCCUGGAUCAGGUCCCUCUGCUAGUUGCCAGGGAUAGCAUGGCUGGAAUGACGUUACCGACGGGUCUGGGCAGCGUUGUUCAAGAAGGACAGAAUGCUUUGCUUGAUAUGCUCCAAUCUGUUGCGUCUACCUCAUUUCGAAAACCAGAACUCAUCGCAGAAGGCAUAUGCCGUCUUCUCAUCUCGGCGUUUCCCAUCCUGCAGGCCGAUGCUGUCGGAUCGUUGGAUGCUAUAGUUGGCGAGGGGCUGUUGAUGUCUGGAUUGGAUCUGGUGUCUCCAACAAACCUGGCCAAGUUCACCGAGGUCGUCUCGAGAAUCGAUUUGUCGCAAGUCCACAACCAAGACCGCCUCUCAACGAUCCUCUCUACCUCUUGGGAACUCAUCAACACGUGGCUAGCCAGGACUGAACAAGAGGUCAUCGAUGCAGCCUCCGAAGCGUCCAUCGUUCUUCUGCUUUUUUCUUCUCCGCAGCAACGGGAACAUGUGCUCCGAAGAUGGGCAGACACGAUUCGUGAACGAUCUCACUCCGCAACCGGCGCGGGACUUUUCUGCGCCUUGACGAGGGCGUAUCCGGUUGUGGCAAUGCACAAGAAACCUGAAGAAGUGUCGGCUACUGUAUGCGCUCCUCUGCUGGAGCGGUGGGCACAAGACACAAACGUUGACGUACGUGCAGCCAUACUGCAGAGUCUGGCGCAAAGUGAAAUGCUGAAUCAGAAUGUGGACCAGCUCCUCAGUCUGGUUGCGGCGGGCCUAGAAGACUACACCACCACCGCGAGAGGCGAUAUUGGAUCUCAUGUACGUCUUCAGGCCGUCAGGGCUACCCAACAUCUCUGGCUCUCAAUGCAGCAGCCACGUACAGAGAUGGGGAACCACAGCGGAGCAGUUUGUGGCUUACUUCUGCCGAUCCUGCGUCUGGCAGCUGAGAAGCUCGACAGGGUGAGAGUCGAAGCACAAGCCACUCUUGCGGUAGCAUUACAGCCAGAACCAUCGUCGAUGCUUGGCAAGCUCACCUUUUCCUCCAAAUCCCAUUUUCAGUAUCUUCUCAACUUGCUUGAGAGCGACUGGUUCCAGACGCCAUUCGGCACCGAAGCCCAGUCCAACGCAGAUCGCUGUAUGGACGAGCUCCUCGCCGGAUACGUCACGUCAGCCGACACAGGCAACGAAGACCUCGUGAUAGCCAGCCGGGCCGCGCUCACCGAAUACUGCACCGCAAGCCAGGAGCACCUCGAUGGCGUAUGCACAUCGCUCCUCCGGAACUUGAAAUCCCACCAGGGCCAAGACCGCGUCACGGUGCCCACGCUCGAAAUCACUGCGUUCCUCUUCUCCGUGGGCAUCUUCCAGCAGAGCAGGAAGGUCGACAUGAAGAGCCUCUGCUUGCAGGCCCAGAAGGCCGGCUACAAGAGCGGCAACAUGCGGAAACUCGAGGCCUGCAUCAAGGUCUACGGCGGGGUGGCCGCCAUGGGCAACAACAAUGCUGCCGGCCUGCCGGCGAUGGCGAGUGCGGUGUUGGAGCAGAAGAGGAGUGAGGGUAUCUCGGAGGCGAAGAGGAGGCUGGGUACGUUGAUGGUACACCCGUGGCCGCGCGUCAGAACGUCGGUGGUAGAUGAGAUAUGGGGUCUGGUGUCAACUGGUGGGGAGGUGGCAGAUCAGGGGGAGAGGUUGAAGGGAGUUGACUGGGGAGCUACUGAGAAGAGUGCUGCUAAGGCCCUUGUUGCUGAGCUUGGAAUGUCGUGA